AUGAAACUUCUAGUGGUGCUCUGCAUGUUUCUUAUCGUCGCUUGCGCCACCGCUGCAGGUGCUCCAGAAGUAAUCUACGAUGGACCAACUUACGAACUAACUCCUAUCGAGAGUUCCGUUGCUCGCAACGAGGUAACAGAAUUACCACCGAUUCGACACCGAAGGGUAACGUGCGAUGUUCUAUCUUUCGCAACGUUGUGGAUCACCGUGAACGACGCUGCCUGCGCAACUAGAUGCCUGACUCAAGGACGCAAAGGUGGCAGAUGCCAGGAUGGCGUUUGCAUUUGCCGAUAAGAAAAUCCAUCGUCGGUUUUUUGCAACAGUUCUCUUGAAACGACUUGAACAUCCGUAUUCGGAUUUCGAUAUUUAUUACUGCGCGAUAACUUAUUAUGAACUUUUUAACUAAAGACAAUGAAUGUUCAACUCAUGUCGUAAGAACAUACUGUAGUUUGAGUUAUGAUAUUGUAAUUUAAUAAACAAAAUUUUAUUUAUACCUA